AAAAGUGGCAGGCAGCUGGGCUAUUGCUCUGCGAGACCCGCUUGAGGGGAGCCGCGGGAAAGGCGCGUGUCGGCCGCUCACUGGCGCAGCCGCUGCCUCCGCUGUCACCGCCCCGCCCCGGCGUUGUCGCUGGCAUCGUCGCGGACGAAGCGCGGGCCCAGCAUGGGCAGGAAGGGGGACGCGAGCGGAGCGUGUGCCGCGGCUGCGCGGCCGGUGACAGGGGUUUGCUAUAAAAUGGGACUUAUGAUUAUAUUCACUGGACUAUGGCUGUUUUCCUCAGUAAAGGCAGAUUCAAAAGCCAUUACAACCUCUCUUACGACAAAAUGGUUUUCCACUCCAUUGUUGUUAGAAGUCAGUGAGUUUUUAGCAGAAGACAGUCAAGAGAAAUUUUGGAAUUUUGUAGAAGCCAGUCAAAAUAUUGGAUCAUCCGAUCAUCACGGUACUGAUUAUUCCUAUUAUCACACAAUAUUAGAAGCUGCAUUUCAGUUUCUGUCACCUCUACAGCAGAAUUUGUUGAAAUUUUGUUUGUCCCUUCAUUCGUAUUCAGCUACAAUUCAAGCCUUCCAGCAGAUAGCAGCUGAUGAGCCUCCACCAGAAGGAUGUAAUUCAUUUUUUUCUGUGCAUGGAAAGAAGACCUGUGAUUUUGACACCCUUGAGACUCUUCUCCUCACAGCAUCUGAAAGGCCCAAACCUUUAUUGUUCAAAGGAGAUCACAGAUACCCCUCAUCUAAUCCUGAAAGCCCAGUGGUGAUUUUCUACUCUGAAAUUGGUUAUGAGGAAUUUUAUAAUUUCCACCUCCAGCUUGUGUCAAAAAGCAAUGCAGGCAAAAUCAAUUAUGUAUUCAGACAUUAUAUACUUAAUCCCAGGAAGGAGCCUGUUUACCUCUCUGGCUAUGGUGUGGAGUUGGCAAUUAAGAGCACUGAGUACAAGGCCAAGGAUGAUACUCAGGUGAAAGGAACUGAGGUAAACACCACAGUAAUUGGUGAAAAUGAUCCCAUUGAUGAAGUUCAGGGAUUCCUCUUUGGAAAAUUAAGAGACCUGCACCCUGACCUGAAGGGGCAGUUGAAAGAACUCAGAAAACAUCUUAUAGAAAGCACCAAUGAAAUGGCGCCUUUAAAAGUUUGGCAAUUGCAAGAUCUCAGUUUCCAGACUGCUGCCCGAAUCUUGGCUGCUCCUGUUGAAUUAGCUUUGGUAGUUAUGAAGGAUCUUAGUCAAAAUUUUCCCACCAAAGCCAGAGCAAUAACAAAAACAGCAGUGAAUUCGGAACUUAGAACUGAAGUGGAAGAAAAUCAGAAGUAUUUCAAGGGAACUUUAGGAUUACAGCCUGGAGAUUCUGCACUGUUCAUCAAUGGACUUCAUAUUGAUUUAGAUACACAGGAUAUAUUCAGUCUGUUUGAUGUAUUGAGGAAUGAAGCUCAUGUAAUGGAGGGUCUGCAUAGACUGGGAAUAGAAGGCCUUUCUCUGCAUAAUGUUUUGAAAUUGAACAUCCAGCCCUCUGAGGCCGACUAUGCUGUAGACAUCCGGAGUCCUGCUAUUUCAUGGAUCAACAACUUGGAGGUUGACAGCAGAUAUAAUUCAUGGCCUUCUAGUCUACAAGAAUUGCUUCGACCCACCUUUCCUGGUGUUAUCCGGCAGAUUAGGAAAAACUUGCAUAACAUGGUUUUCAUAGUUGAUCCUGCUCAUGAGACCACAGCAGAGUUGAUUAACACAGCUGAGAUGUUCCUCAGUAAUCAUAUACCACUAAGAAUUGGUUUAAUCUUUGUGGUUAAUGACUCUGAAGAUGUUGAUGGGAUGCAAGAUGCUGGAGUGGCUAUUCUGAGAGCAUAUAAUUAUGUUGCCCAAGAAGUGGAUGAUUAUCAUGCCUUCCAAACUCUGAUACAUAUAUAUAACAAAGUAAGGACUGGAGAAAAAGUAAAAGUUGAGCAUGUGGUCAGUGUCCUAGAGAAGAAGUAUCCAUAUGUUGAAGUGAAUAGCAUUUUGGGGAUUGACUCUGCUUAUGAUCAGAAUCGGAAGGAAGCAAGAGGCUACUAUGAGCAGACUGGGGUUGGUCCACUGCCUGUUAUUCUGUUCAACGGAAUGCCCUUUGAAAAGGAACAGUUAGAUCCCGAUGAAUUAGAAACCAUCACAAUGCAUAAAAUCCUGGAGACCACAACCUUCUUCCAAAGAGCAGUGUACUUGGGUGAACUGUCCCAUGAUCAGGACGUGGUAGAAUAUAUCAUGAAUCAGCCAAAUGUUGUUCCACGAAUCAAUUCUAGGAUUUUGACAUCUGAGCGAGAAUAUCUGGAUUUAACAGCAACCAAUAGCUUUUUUGUGGAUGACUAUGCUAGAUUUACUGUUUUGGAUUCCCAAGGCAAGACUGCUGCUAUAGCCAAUAGUAUGAACUAUCUGACCAAGAAAGGAAUGUCCUCCAAGGAAAUCUAUGAUGAUUCUUUCAUUAGGCCUGUAACAUUUUGGAUUGUUGGGGAUUUUGAUAGCCCUUCUGGAAGACAGUUACUGUAUGAUGCUAUUAAACAUCAGAAAUCCAGUAACAAUGUUAGAAUAAGUAUGAUCAAUAAUCCUAGUGAAGAUAUAAGUUAUGAGAACACUCAGAUCUCCAGAGCAAUCUGGGCAGCUCUCCAAACACAGACCUCCAACUCUGCUAAGAAUUUCAUCACAAAAAUGGCCAAGGAGGAGACUGCAGAGGCCCUGGCUGCAGGAGUUGACAUUGGGGGGUUCUCUGUCGGGGGCAUGGAUUUCAGUCUUUUUAAAGAGGUCUUUGAGUCUUCCAAAAUGGAUUUCAUUUUGUCUCAUGCCAUGUACUGCAGGGAUGUUCUGAAGCUGAAGAAGGGACAGAGGGCAGUUAUCAGCAAUGGAAGGAUCAUUGGGCCACUGGAGGACAGUGAACUCUUUAAUCAAGAUGAUUUCCACCUCCUAGAAAAUAUCAUCUUAAAAACUUCAGGACAGAAAAUCAAAUCCCAUAUUCAGCAGCUUCAGGUGGAAGAAGAUGUGGCAAGUGACUUGGUAAUGAAGGUGGAUGCUCUCCUGUCAGCUCAACCAAAAGGAGAUGCAAGAAUUGAGUACCAGUUUUUUGAAGACAGACAUAGUGCAAUUAAAAUGAGGCCAAAGGAAGGGGAGACAUACUUUGAUGUUGUGGCUGUUAUUGACCCUGUCACCAGAGAAGCACAGAGACUUGCUCCAUUGCUCUUGGUUUUAACCCAGCUGAUCAACAUGAAUCUAAGAGUGUUUAUGAACUGCCAAUCUAAACUUUCUGACAUGCCUUUAAAAAGCUUUUACCGUUAUGUCUUAGAGCCAGAGAUUUCUUUCACUCCAGACAAUAGCUUUGCUAAGGGUCCAAUAGCAAAAUUUUUGGAUAUGCCACAAUCUCCUCUGUUCACCCUGAAUUUGAACACACCUGAGAGUUGGAUGGUGGAGUCUGUCAGAACGCCAUAUGAUCUUGAUAAUAUUUAUUUAGAAGAGGUGGAUAGUGUGGUGGCUGCUGAGUAUGAGCUGGAGUACCUCUUGCUAGAAGGUCACUGCUAUGACAUCACCACAGGCCAGCCCCCACGAGGACUGCAGUUUACAUUAGGAACUUCGGCCAACCCAGUCAUUGUGGAUACCAUUGUUAUGGCCAAUCUGGGCUACUUUCAGUUAAAAGCCAACCCAGGAGCUUGGAUUCUCAGACUAAGGAAGGGUCGGUCUGAAGAUAUUUAUAGAAUUUACAGCCACGAUGGCACAGAUUCUCCUCCUGAUGCUGAUGAAGUUGUUGUUGUCCUCAACAACUUCAAGAGCAAAAUUAUUAAAGUGAAGGUUCAGAAGAAGGCAGAUAUGGUAAAUGAAGACUUGCUGAGUGAUGGAACUAAUGAAAAUGAAUCUGGAUUUUGGGACUCCUUCAAAUGGGGCUUUACGGGAGGACAGAAGACUGAGGAAGUGAAACAGGAUAAAGAUGACAUAAUUAAUAUUUUCUCCGUGGCAUCUGGUCAUCUCUAUGAAAGAUUUCUUCGUAUAAUGAUGCUGUCAGUACUGAAGAAUACCAAGACUCCUGUGAAAUUCUGGUUCUUGAAGAAUUAUUUGUCUCCCACAUUUAAGGAGUUCAUACCUUAUAUGGCAAAUGAAUACAAUUUCCAGUAUGAACUUGUUCAGUACAAAUGGCCUCGGUGGCUUCAUCAGCAAACUGAGAAGCAGCGCAUCAUCUGGGGUUACAAGAUCCUCUUCUUGGAUGUGCUCUUCCCAUUGGUUGUUGACAAAUUCCUGUUUGUAGAUGCUGAUCAGAUUGUACGAACGGAUCUGAAAGAGUUAAGAGAUUUCAAUUUGGAUGGUGCUCCUUAUGGUUAUACUCCUUUCUGUGAUAGCCGAAAAGAAAUGGAUGGCUACAGGUUCUGGAAAUCGGGGUACUGGGCCAGUCAUUUGGCUGGGCGGAAAUAUCAUAUCAGUGCACUGUAUGUUGUGGAUCUGAAGAAGUUUAGGAAAAUAGCUGCUGGUGACAGACUCAGGGGACAGUACCAAGGUCUGAGUCAGGAUCCUAACAGCCUUUCAAAUCUUGAUCAAGAUUUGCCCAAUAACAUGAUCCAUCAGGUGCCAAUUAAAUCACUCCCUCAAGAAUGGCUUUGGUGUGAAACGUGGUGUGAUGAUGCCUCUAAGAAAAGGGCAAAAACAAUAGAUUUGUGUAAUAAUCCAAUGACCAAAGAGCCCAAGCUAGAAGCAGCUGUUCGAAUUGUCCCAGAGUGGCAGGACUACGACCAGGAGAUCAAGCAGCUACAGACCCGCUUCCAGAGGGAGAAAGAGAUGGGAAUGCUUUAUAAGGAGAAGACAAUACAAGAGUCGGGCUGGGAAGGACCUCAGAAACGAGAAGAGUUAUGAUCUUCAUUCACAGGAGGAUAGGAAAUUACACCAUUUGAAAAACACUUUUUAUAUUAAAUGCUAGUUUUUUUCUGAUCUGUCUUUACAACUGCUGAUAAACUGGCUGGGCAGGUGUGCCACACCUUUUGAUUCUGAGCAUUUGAUUUUGACUUCUGCACACCAGUGGGCUCUGGAUCUUUGGAAUUAAGACUCUGUUGGAUUUGUACCUCAGAGGAAGACAAGUGGCUGAUCUUUUGAGACUCUGUAAAGAGCGAUCUUCUAACCAGAGGGAAAAUGGCAAAGGCAACUGGGAGAAAAUGAGUCCUGUGGUGCCCACACCCAAGAGCACACACAUGCUGCACCGCCACAGGAAGCCAUCCAGGCAGAGCCGCCAUGUUCUUCCUUACCUCAGUUUACUGGCAGCGGAGCUCAGUCUGCAGCUCAGUGCUGUGGUGGCAGAAGCUGUGUGGCAGAAGUCUCAUCCAGGGUCCACACACCUUGAGGUUUUUGCCAGUGCCGCUCCUUUGUCCUUUUGUUCUCUUCCCCAGCGUUAGGUUCAUUGUCAAAUUGGAACCCAACCAACAAUCAUGUGUCUUUGGGGUUGGCUCGUUGCAGAUUAAUUUGGGGAUGGGAUGGGGUGGGUUGGGGUGAGGGUAGGGAAAAUAUCAGGAAUAGGAGGACUCUAAGGUGUUCGUGGGGGAGGUGAGGAAGACAGAAAUUGGCCAUUCUCUUUUAUAAACCAUUAGUACCAUGUGACUAAUUUGAAAUGAAAACAUGAUUCUUAUUCCCCACCCAACCCCAGUAAACUUUUUAGGUAAUUGUUUUGUAAACAAUUUUUGUAUUUGUGAAUGUCUUUGCUUUUUCUUCCCACUUUCUAAAAAAAAAAAGUGUGUUAUUGAUUUCCUUAAUGGAUAUAGCCAUAGUGAGCCCUUCUGGCGAUCCAUCUUGCAGGGCUCAGGCUCCCUCAGGAAGGUCAUCGCAUCAUCCAUCCCUCCAUUCCUGGGGAAGAAGGGGGGGUUCCUCUCUCAGACCUAGGCAAAGUUGGGUUUGACUUUUCUCUGUGAAGGACUCCCAGAGCUGAGAAGAGGAGGGGUGUUGACUGUGUAAUUUGUGCUUCUCUGUACACUGGUCUGUAUUCUAUCUUUUUAGUUUAGUACUGUGGGUUGCCUUUGGUUUGCCAAAAUUGCCCAUGUACCACCUGUUCUGACUGCGCAUAAUCACAUUUCAACAUUAGCCCUUUAGUCACUGCUUUUAGUGUUUUUACUUUAGCAGCCCAGAAUAGCCCUUCUGGAGUAGCCUCUCCUGGUGAGUAGGCAAUGCAGGGAGGCACCCACAGGGAGUCUUCUGGUGUUUUGUUGGCCUGCAUGGGCGUAAGGCUCUAGGUCCUUCCCUGCAUCUGCUCAGGCUGCAAGGUGUGGCAGCAAGAGCACUCCCAUGGACUGCACCUCCUUCCAGUGUAAACUGCUUUCGUCUCUAAUAUUUUGCCUCCUUUUUAAAAAUGUGAGGAAGGACUACAGAUGAAUAGCUGAAUCCUCACCCUUCCACAUCAGGGAACAAUGAUUUGCAGUCUUUUUUAAAAAUCAAAGUCUUAUGACAAAUAUUAAAUCAUUAAUUUUUUCCAUAUUCACAUAAGCAAAAGUUAGCUUAGGAGUCAGUCUGAAGGAGCUUUUCAGUUUGCUUUUGUAAUUAAAUUAAAAAUUGGGAAGAGG